AUGACAGCCAUCAUCCCGUACCGAAUCGCUGUACCGGACGAGAAACUUGAGAAGCUUCACCAGAAAUUGAAGCUCACUGAGUUUCCGGAUGAGCUUGAAGUUGCGCGCAAUGGAAAUACGGAGUCCCGCUGUACUAUGGAGAUCAAGAAAUUAACCAACUAUUGGAUUGAAGAAUAUGACUGGCGCAAGAAAAGCGAGGUCAAAGGCGCCAUCCCGCUUCUUUUCGUUCAUGGCUGGCCUGGAAGUUUCUUCGAGGGAUCGAAAUUACUUCCUCUCUUGCAAGGAGGAAACGGAAAGCCCGCCUUCCACGUUGUUACGCCUUCUUUGGCCAAUUACGGAUUUUCCGGUGGAGUCACAAAGGGACGGUUUGGGCUUGAACAGCAGGCUGAAGCUUGUCACGGAACCAUGCUCGCACUUGGAUACAAUCAAUAUGUGACGCAAGGAGUAUGUUCAAUGUUCGACGUGAAUACAGACCCUGCUUAUUUGACAUUGCAGGGUGACUGGGGAUCCUACGUGGUCAGAUUGAUAGGGCACAAGUACCCUCAACACUGCAAAGCGUCUCACUUCAACAUGACAAUGGCCCAGGAACCACUAUGGACCGCAGAAAAUCCCAAACCAGAAUACACCGAGUCUGAAAAGGCGGCUUUGAAGAGGGCAGCAGAGUGGAAUGAAAAUGGAAGAGGCUACUUAAACAUACAAUCCUCCAAGCCCCCUACGCUUGCAUUCUCUCUCCGAGACUCCCCAACAGGACUGCUAGCCUGGAUUUACGAGAAGCUAGUCGGCUGGUCAGACAACUACCCAUGGACACCUGAGGAGGUCAUAACCUGGACUAAGACAGAAUACUCAAAAUGCAUACCCUCGGCUGCCCGCAAACUGCGGGAGCUGGGCAUUGAUGAAAUCGUGGAAGACGUCGAGCGUUCCAAACUCGGAAAACAUAUGGCUAAAAGGCUCUUCGUGGGAUUCGACCCCUUAAACAAAAGACGAGGGAUGUUACUAAGCGGAAAGAACCACCAAGCGAAGACGAAGCAGCAACCGAUGACAGGAUAG